UUGUCCUUUGUUCAAGUUGUUCCUGCUACUCGCUGGCUGUCUUUCUUCUUCCUUCCAUCCUGGACAAGGAGACAUGAGGCUGCUGGGUCUCCUCAUCCUGCUCUCUAUCACAGAGUUCUCCCACACCCAUAACACCACAGUACUGCAGGCUGUGCAGGGCCAGACCUUGUUUAUCUCCUGUCCUUACGACCCUGCAAAGUACUGGGGGCAGCUGAAGUCCUGGUGCCGGCAGCAUGAGCAGGAGGGGCACUGCCAACAUGUGGUCAGUGCUCGCCGCUCCUGGCUGAUAGCCUUCUUAAAGAAGUGGAAUGGGAGCACAGGCAUUGCUGAUGAUGCCCUGGCUGGCAGGCUGACCAUCACUCUCAAAGACCUCCGUGCCCACGAUGCUGGACUCUAUCAAUGCCAGAGCCACCAGGAUGGGGAGGCAGACAUUCUGCGGAAGGUGAUGGUGGAGGUGCUCAAGGAUCCCCUUGAACCCCAAAGCUCAGGAGAUUCCUGGAUCCCUGAAGAUCCCCAGAUCUUGAAGGAGCCCCAGAGCCCUGAGGACCCUGAAGUCCAAGCCAGCAUCUCCAGGAGCCUUUCAGAAACCAGGCACCCACUCUCCCCCACUGUCUUCUCAUUCCUGGUUGCCGGACUCUUGAUCAGCAAACUCCUGGCUGUAGGGUUCCUCUGGGCCAUAGCCUGGCACAAGAGGAGCCAGAAGAUGAAACCAGAGAGUAGGCACAGUCACGGGUACCAGCUCCAACCCCUGCCAGGGCAAGGUGAAGUCUGAAAGGAAAUUCUACUCCUGUGGCCAAGAGGAGGGAGAAGAGGAGCAACUUUGGAUUCCAGCCAAUUUUCCACACCUUCCUCCACCCCACCAUACCCUCCAUAACACUCUUGAAGCCUCCUGAGGCGCCACACACUAGUCAAACUACUAAUAUGUCCAUUCACUGAUUCUCAUGGGCCAACACAUGUGUUCUACCUUGGUGGAAUACGCACAGACCUUCUGCCUGCCUUGUGGAGAGUAGAGGCAGGUCCGUCUGUCCCAAGUCCCUCACACUGCUCCCAGAUGCAGCUAAGAGAGUUGAGCAGGAACUUGUAAAUAGAAACAAGCAGAAUUCUGUAUAACAUGACAUUAAAGGAAU